AUGCGCAUCGACCUUUCCAUUCUUUUCACUGUUGCUCUGGCUGCUACAGGUGCAGCGGCAGCACCACAUGCUAAACGCGAUGCCGCUAGUGCAUACAAGGCGAACUCUGAAGCCGCGCUGGACCGGCUCCAGCAAUGGUACAACCCCGAGACUGGCCUUUGGAAGAGCUAUGGCCCAUCUUGGUGGCAAUCCGCGAACGCCAUGUUUACACUCCUCGAAAUGAUGGAAGUUGGGAGCGAAAGAGCGAAAGAGAUUGGGAAGACCGUGGUUCCCGGUAGCUUUGACGCAGCGGCAGCCUGGAACAUUAAGAACAACCACGCACUCAGGCGGCGUGAGGACAAGAACGGCUUUAUCAAUGGUUACUAUGAUGACAUGGGGUGGUGGGCUAUGGCCUGGAUCAAAGCCUACGAUGUCACCCGUGAUCGUAAGUACCUCGAUACUGCAGAGGUACUCUUCGAAGAUAUGACAUCCGGCUGGGGCACAGGCUGCUCUGAUGGUGGUCUUUGGUGGGACAAGGGGCAUCGAGACAUCGCGGAUAUUUCCAACACACUAUUUAUCGAAGUAGCUGGCUGGCUCUCCAACCGCGUUGAAGGAAAGAAGGACUUCUAUCGCGACUGGGCGGUCAAGUCGUGGAAAUGGUUCAAAAACAGCGGCAUGUACAAGACAGACGACCACAUCGGCAAUGGCAGCAUCGAUAAGAAGACCUGUAAGAGUGGUAAGAACCCACACAGUUUUACGUAUACGAAUGGAGCGCUGGUAUCAGGCUUGGUCGCUCUGGCUCGUGCCACUGGAGAAACGGCUUACAUGGACGAGGCACAUCUUGUUGCCGCCGAAGUCAUCCGAACCAUGUCAAAGGAUGGUGUUCUUCGAGAGCAAAAUAUCAACAACGCAAGUCCUGGAGAGGCUGCACCGCAGUUCAAAGGCGUAUUCAUGCGGGCACUGUCGUCUUUGCAAACGCAGAGCCCUAGACCCGAGUACAAAGCGUUCAUGCAGGCGUCUGCUGACAGUAUCUGGAACAAGGCUAGAGAUGGAGCUGCGGAUCUGGAUUCCGACUGGAACGGGCCCUUUCACGGACCUGCUAAUGCGAGCCCCCAAAGCUCUGCGCUGGACUGCCUUGUAGCCGCGUGGAAACACUCUCGGAAAUAG